AGGGGAACAGCAUUCCUCCAGUGACAGGGUAAUAUUUUUGUUGCCAUCAGCAAGUGCUUCCCAAGCGGCAUCAGGCUGGUCUUCCACCGCUUUGCGCUGUUUUAAUCUCUUGGGGUCUCCUUGAAGUGUUCCAGUCAUGGCUUCCACAGUCACACCUUGGUUUAAGAGGAAGCGUUCGAGCCAAGUCAAAACUGACUAUGCUUUUGCUCAUCACACAUCACAGUGUGUGUGUGCUGCCAAGCAGCAGACAGCAGUAAGGAAAUCAAGCUCUAAAUCGGUGAGCCAGGUGCAGUCCCAGGCCACGGAGGCUAUGGCAGAACCAGCCUAUACCAUGCCGGUGUUCCGGCAGAGGACUGCUGAAGAGGGAACUGAGGAGUACCAGCGAGUGAGCACGAAUGUUGAGAAAGGACUGACUGUUAUUCAGGAGGAGCUCCACAGGAUGAGGAUUGCCACCAAGGCCCAAGUGGAUAGUCUCAAUAUCCAGAGAGAGGUUAGGGAAAUGAUGUACAAGAGGGUGGAUUUGUUGGAGGAUAUUCCCAAGAUGCCGGACUUCCUUGUUCCCCUGCGGUCCCACACCGUGUGGGUGAAGAGUCCCGUCAAACUGUUCUGCACUGUGCAGGGAACCCCAAGGCCUGUUGUCAAAUGGUAUAAAGAAGGCAAGCUAGUCAACCCACUGAAUGCACCAGGGAAGUACAAGAUUGAAGACAAGUAUGGAGUCCACAGCUUGAUCAUUAGCAGGUGUGUUGUGAGAGAUACUGCUGAGUACAGCGCCGUGGCCACCAACUCACACGGCACGGCUACCAGCAAGGCUCUAGUUACUGUGAAGAGCGCAACAGGAGCCGGGGAGCCCUCCUAUCUUGGUUUAGUGCCCCGUAUGAGCGAGGUUCAUGCCAGUAAGCUGGAGGUGAGCCUGCUCGAUCGGUUCUUAGUGAGCUUUGGUGUGGAGGGUGGCUCCAUCAGUCUGGUGUGUUCUAUGGUGGUCAUCCCCGACCUCCCCAACGUACCACCCCUCGCCCAGUGGUACAGAGAUGAUAAACUGCUGAAACCAAGUAAGCUGGUGGAGAUGUCUGUGGGUGGAGGCUAGGCCCGUCUGACGCUGCCUCACCUGGCCAAGGAUGACGAGGGACUCUACACCCUCCGCAUCUUUACCAAGGACGGCACCAGCGAGCACAGCGCUUACCUGUUUGUUUCCGAUGCUGCCCCCCCUGUGGCCGGGGCCCCUGGUGCACCAAUGAGCGUGAAGGCAUAUGACAUCAACUCAGACUAUGUCCUGGUAGCCUGGAAACCCCCCAACACCGUCAUGGAGCCAGCAAUCACCGGAUACUUUGUGGAUCGGUGUGAGUGUGGUAGCGACACCUGGGUCCAGUGCAACGAUGCUCCAGUGAAGGUUUGUAAAUACCCGGUGCACGGCCUGAAAGUGGGCCACUCCUACCACUUCCGGGUCCGAGCCGUGAACAGCGCCGGCAUCAGCAGGCCGUCCCGCAAGUCUGACAAAGUGACCGCCCUUGACCCCGCCGAGAGCGAGAGGCUGCAAGGUACCGAGGAAGGCGUCCCCUCUGCUCCCGGUAAGGUUACUGCCAGCAGAAACACCAAGUCAUCUGUGUUUGUGCAGUGGGAGCCUCCCAAACUUCUGAAAAACCUCAUGGGGUACUACAUCGAUGGCCGUGUCGCUGGAUCCAAGGAGUGGUUCCCCUGUAACCACAAACCCUUUAAAUGCUGCAGGUUUGUGGUUCACGGCCUGAUCCCAGGAGAGACCUACACCUUCCGUGUCCAAGCCGUCAACAUCUUUGGCCUCAGUGAGGAGUCACAGGAGUCCUCUCCCAUCGCUGUGAUGCCGACUCUCGCAACUCCCAGCGCUCCCUCUGGCAUCACCAUGCUGAGCAGUGAUGGCUCCUCCAUAACUGUGGCUUGGAGGAAACCCAAACACAGCGGCGGCUCCAAGAUCAACGCUUACUACGUUGACAAGAGGAACACUGACAGUUUGGCGUGGCAGGAGUGCAACCUGCAGGCCGUCACGGAGAGAAUGUGCACGGUUGACAAUCUGACGGAGGGACAGUUCUACGUGUUCAAAGUCCAGGCUGCCAACAUGGCCGGUGUCGGUGUGCCCUCAGAACCCAGCGCCCAGAUGAAAUGUGAAGCUUGGACUAUGGAAGAGCCAGGCCCAGCCUACGACCUGCAAUUCAGUGAGGUCAGAGGUCACUCCCUGGUCCUCCUGUGGAAGGCUCCAGUCUACACCGGAGCAGGUCCAGUCACUGGAUACUUGGUGGACAUGGCCAAGAAGGGCUCAACAGAGUUUGUUUCUCUGACUCAGGAAGCUGUGAGCCACCUUUACCUGCAGGUGACCAGUCUGGUGGAAGGUGAAACCUACGUGUUCAGAGUUCGUUCUGUCAACUCAAAGGGUAUUGGAAAACCUUCCGAGGUGUCUGAGCCGGUCUGUGCCAGAGCUCUUCCAGGCACUAAGGAGAUUGUGGCCGGCGUGGACGAGGAGACCGGAGACAUCUUCCUGUCUCUGGAGGCCUGUGAGAUCAGUGAGAUGUCCAAGUUCGUGUGGUCGAAGAACUACAAAGACAUCGGCGACUGCCCCAGGGUCGCCGUCACAGCGAAGGGCAGAACCUCCAGACUGACUUUCACCAACCCCGAUAAAGAUGAUCUGGGUAAAUACUCCGUGGUCGUCACUGACACAGAUGGAGUCUCUUCCAGCCACACUUUGACUGAGGACGCCCUGAACACCAUGCUUGAGCUCAGCUACGCCAUCAGACAUCCAACUGUUCCUCUGAAACACGGUCUGAACUAUGAGAUUUUGGAGAAGGGUCACGUGCGCUUCUGGGUGCAGGCCGUCAAACUGUCCUCCUCUGUAUCCUACAGGUUCAUUGUUAACGACAAGGAGGUCACAAGUGGGGAGGGGGUUAAGAUUAGUCACGAUGUGGCCACAGGAAUCAUCCAGAUGACGGUGGAUACGUUCACCAGAGCCAACGAGGGCACUUACACCGUCCAGAUCCACGACGGCAAGGCCAAAACCCAGAGCUCUCUGGUUCUGGUGGGAGACGUGUUCAAAGUUGCUCUGAGGGAGGCCGAGUUUCAGAGGAAAGAGCACAUCAGGAAGCAAGGUCCACAUUUCUCUGAGUAUCUGUACUUCACCGUCACUGAUGAUUGUCAUGUCAUGCUGGCCUGCAAGGUGGCCAAUGUGAAGAAGGAGACGUCUUUCCAUUGGUACAAAGAGGAUGAGGAGAUUGUUCCAGAAACUCCUCCCAAUGUCAUGUCCGGAGCCUGCGCUCUCCCCAUCCCUCUGUUCUCCAGAAAAGAUCAAGGCAUCUACAAGGCUGUGCUCGGCGAUGACAGAGGAAAGGACACAUCUACGUUUGACAUCUCAGGCAAAAUGUUUGACGACAUUAUCAACGCCCUCGCCCAGAUUGCUGGUGCGUCUGCCUCUGAGCUGGUGAUUCAGUGCACACCAGAGGGCAUCAGGCUGCAGUGCUACAUGAACUACUACACAGAGGAGAUGAAGACCAUCUGGAAACACAAGGAGAGUAAGAUUGCCUCCUCUGAGAAGAUGAGGAUUGGAGGCACAGCUGAGAUGGCCUGGAUGCAGAUCUGUGACCCGUCUGACAAGGAGAAGGGUAAAUACUCCAUCGAGAUCUCAGACGGCGUGCAGACUCACACCAGAACCUUCGACCUCUCCGGACAAGCAUACACCGAUGCAUAUGAGGAGUACCUAAGACUUAAGGCAGCUGCAUUUGCUGAGAAGAACCGUGGCAGAGUGAUCGGGGGCCUGCCUGAUGUGGUCACUAUUAUGGAAGAGAAGUCUCUGAGCCUGACCUGCACCGUGUGGGGCGAGCCGACCCCUGAGGUCACCUGGUUCAAGAAUGAGCAGGAGGUCGCCUCCACCGAGCACACCAGGGUCACAUUCGAUGGCGGCAAGUUCGCCAGCCUCGUCAUCAACAAAGUCACUCCCGAAGACUCAGGCAAGUACAGCAUCAACGUACGGAACAAGUACGGCGGCGAGUUCGUCGAGAUCACCGUCAGCGUCUACAGGCAUGGUGAGCAGAUCCCCGAGGCCAAGCUGGGACAGCCCAAAUCGGCUGUUGCCACACCUGCUGCUACACCUGCAGCCACGCCUGUGCCCAAGUCCCCAGCUCCCCCUUCCAAGACCCCAACCCCCACCCCUAAGGCCCAGACCCCAGCAUCUAUGAAGAGCCCGACUCCAGCCUCUACCCCUGCUUCCACCCCAGUCCCCAAAUCACCAACCCCAACCCCAAAGUCCCCGACUCCUUCUCGCGGCGCCAAGUCGCCCACCCCACCUAGAUUCAUGAAGUCUCCAACCCCACCAAGGAAGUAAACCACGGUGGUGACGUCUGAGGGGAAACGAUUUCUGUUAGCAACGCUGAUUUAUAGCAUGAGUGUGAAACCACGAGGCGUUAAAGUUUAUUAGAUGUAGUCGCUGUUUAAAGUCCCAUUAUCUGAACUUCUGGACGACAACUUACACAGAACAGGCUUCUAACCCGUGUCGAGAUUCUUUGCGUUCCAGCGUUCUCUAUAAUUUCUGACAACAUGUUGCAGGAUAUAUAGAGAUGCAAAAGAGGGACUUUUACAGCAGCUUCUAUCAUGCAGUACAUUUCCUUUUCAGUUUCAUAUCUUUCCGCUGUGCUUUUAACACAGACAGGAAACAGGCACAAUAACUACAAAAAAAAAAAAAAAAAGGCCGAUAUUUCUGUUCACUCUUUGAAAAGCUGCACCUUCCACUGUGAAACGUUGGUGGAACGCCUGUAUACAUUUAUUUUGUUGAUGUUAAAGUAUAGUUCCUGUUUCUUAUAACUUUGGUCACGAUUACGCAGCCUUGCUUCUGUCAGUGACGUCACUGAAAAGAGGGCGUACAGGUGAAGAAACGAGACAUCACACGAAAGAAAAAAGCUCGACAGGUUAGACAAACUUAAAUGGAAGAGAAAACCAGGGCAAACAGUGAGAUUAUCACUCAAACUGUCGUCGUAAAGGUCCGUCACAGUGUACAGACUGACCUUCUGGUUCAACAUGCUCAUUGUAGUUGUGCGCACACAGUUUCCUGUACGGUGAAGGAUUAUUAACGACAUUUCAGGGGUAAUAACGUCUGAGUUUUACCUGAUCGUGUGUCUUCCUCCAUCUAGCGAUGUCACCAUGUUUCCUUGAUUUUAUCAGUUUACCUGCUGAGUGUGAAGUUAUCAUAACCAGUAAUAAGAAGACCAAACUGUGGGAAUUACACCAAAGUUCUUAUAAGCUGGAAUUAGCCUUUAACCUGGAUGACCUGGGAGUUUGCAGGUACAGAGCUGGUGUAUGUUGUCAGCACCUGGGCGGGACAUUAUCACCACAUACCAGAAUAUUUUUUUGUUUUUGCUCUGGGGUGAUGAAGGUUUCCCCUUUUAUCAUACUUCAGUCCCAGGUAGCUCAUCGUAAAGAAGCCAGUUAGUGAUCCUGUGAAUGAAAGUAUUCACUUCCUACCCUGGUGUCUGUGCCAGAGAGGUCUGUCUGUCUGUCUGUCUGUCUGUCUGUGACAUGUUGUGUUUCCCCCUGCUGCUUUGUGAUGGCAAUAAACUUUACUCAUCAGCCUCC